AUGAUUGUAUAUAUUGUGAUAAUAUUGGAAUUCAUCUGUUUAUGUGCUGUGAUAUCAGCAGGAGGCCUAUGGGCUGGCUCUAAAUUAGGGACGAGGCCAAAAUAUAGAGACGAACAAACUCUUAUUGGUGGUACGAUAUGGAGUCAAAUUGUGAUACCAAUAGGUCUGUUAAUAUCGGUGAUCGUUGAAGAACCUCUUGAUGUUUUUGUCCUUCAGUAUUUUGUGAUUACCGGUGUAAUAAUUACGUCUAUAACUGGCACCCUAUUGAUAUCACGGGAGUGGAGGAUGAUGAAAAUUAGGCCAGGAGAUAGUCCACCGGUGCCGCCUUUACCUAAAAGAUAUGACUCAACAUAUUUAGGAAUAGGUCUCUUGCUCACCGUAGCAGCUGUACUUAAGUUUACCGAAUUUAUUUUAAUCUGUGAAUUUUAG